AUGAUUGAAUCAUAUCGUCGAUGUCGAUGUAUAUUACUAAUUGUUGUGAUUCAACUACAUACGAUUUUUGGUGAACCGUGUCGAAAUGAUAUAACAGAUUUCUUUUACAACGUCAAUUUUGCUGGGCCUGUUUUCGAUCAACCCGUUUAUUAUAUAAAUUCUAAACAUUCUGUAACAAAGCCAAAUGCGUUUUUAUUUUAUUUUACUGUUCGAAAACGAAAUGAAAAUGAUCGACCUAGUUAUACUUCCACAAAUUUCACUAGUCGUAGUCUCAAAAGCGAAACUAAUCGCCUUAACGUUACAACAAAUGAUACAAAUUUUGCUGUAACACUACUAUCGAAUAACAAUGAUAGUAGUGGUUACAAUCUUUCGGUAAGCAAUGCUAAACUGAAUUAUUUUCGACCUUUCCAUCGAUAUGUAUUUGAAUUGAUUGCAAGACAGUCAUAUGAUAAUCGCCCACCAGCCAUUUCCACUGCUCUUGUUCAGAUCGAUUUGAAGAAUGCUAAUAUCAACAUUCCAAGGUUUGUCGACGACGUAAAAGUGUUCUACAUCAGUGAAACAGCAUUACCUGGCACAAAAUUUGCAACAGUUUAUGCUGUCGAUGACGAUAAUGAUACGAUAACGUAUUCAAUAUCCCCGAAUGUAUUAUUUUCCAUCGAUUCAAAUACAGGUGUCUUACGACUUGAUCGAUCAAUUGAAAUCUCGCCGACAGAAACUAGUAUUACGGUGAACAUCUCAAUUUCAGAUUCGUUAAAUGAGGAACACGGUACAUUUACUAUCAGGAUAACAACGGUUAAUAGACACUCACCCAGCUUUUCUGGUUCGAUAUGCGGUGGGAAUAUCUCGCUGAGAGAGGAUAUACCACUUGGAGGAAAUGUUACGAAGUUGCGCGUCAUAGACAUGGAUCGAGGAACAAACGGUGAAGUUGACAUUAUGUUUCCACCUGAACAAUCAAGAACUUCAAUGAGCGGUGUAAGAAAUACUGCGUAUCCUUCGUUUCACAUUGAGCAGGAAAAUCAAAGUGGAAUGAUUCGCGAAGCAUGGAUAAAAACGAAUAUAACACUUGAUUACGACGAGCCAGGCACUCCUCGUGUUUGGUUUCUAUCUAUAUUGGCUACUGAUCGCGGCACACCAGGCCGUCAAACAGCAUGCACUUUACGUAUCAAUCUUGUGGAUGUUAAUGAUAAUAAACCAAAGUUCAUAAUGGCUGACUGGAAUUUUACGAUUUUUCAGUCGACUAGUAUUCAAAGUAACACUCUCCCAUUCCGUAUCAUUGCAUUCGAUGCUGAUUCUGGUAUGAAUGGAAUGAUCAAAUAUUACAUUAGAACAUUAAAUGUACCAUAUUUCGCAAUCAAUCAGACGACAGGAUAUAUUGUUCUUCGCACCGGGAUAAAUGGAAUUCAAAGUUUAAAUGCAAGUUUGUUUCCAGUAAAAUUCCAAGUGUACGCUAAAGAUCGCGGCGAACCAGAAUGUUUGAGUGAAAACGAUGCUACAGUAACAAUUCAUUUUCAAAAUAACGCUGAAGAACAGCCGAUCCAAUGGCUAGACACAUCGUAUGAAAACUUACAUAUCGUCAUAUCGGAGAAAUUUUAUGAAACUUCCACUGAUCGUAUAGUACGAGAUGAAACAUUCAAUGGAACAAUUAGCUUUAGUUUAAGACCAUCGAUGCCAUCCUUUAUGGCAGUUUCAAGUCCAUUUGCCAGCAAUGCGCAUUUACCAUUUCGCGACAAACAGGUGACGAGGAAUCAAUUAAAAUACACAAGUGGUAUUGUAGUUCUUCGAGGCCUUCACGCAGAAAUUCAAGAUAGUUAUUUGCUUUACACACGCGUGCUUACCAAUCCACCAUUGAUUGGAGUAGUUCAAAUCGAUCUACGCGAUGAGAAUGAUCAGAUCCCAACAUUUGAUAUUCGUUCAAUUACGUUGAGUGUGCUAGAAAACCAACAAGGGAAUCGUACUAUCGGCAAAAUUCAAGCCUAUGAUCUCGAUGUCCUACCAGAAAACAAUGCAAUUCGAUACUAUUCAAGCGACCAUCUAAAUUCGGCAGAAGUAACUGCACUUUUUAGCGUUGAACCCGAUGGCACAAUAUGGACAAAUGCUGUAUUCGGACCAGACAGUAAUAACAAAUCAUCCUAUCGAUUGUUUGUGACAGCUGCGAAUUCCAAACCAUUAUGGGACACGCAAAAUGAUGCAUCCGAAGAUUUUCAAAUCGAUAUUCAAGUUAUUAGUGCUAAUCAACAACGUCCGGUCUUUCAGAAUAUCGAAGCAAAUAAGAACAUAUCAAUAAAAGGCACGACAUCGAGGAAUGUGCCUAUUCUUACACUAAAUAUUACUGAUGACAACAUCGAUACGAGACUGAAUGUGGGAAUAUCGAGUGGAAAUAUAAAUAAUGCUUUUAAAUUUAGCCUUUCAUCAGAUAAUUCAAAUGAUGAGAAGUCAACACAUUAUGAAGCAACUGCAGAACUUACAAUUGUUGGACAACUAGAUUACAAAUCUAUACCUCAGUAUUCGCUGAAAUUAUUCGCAUUUGAUUCCAGCAAUAUCGUCGAAAUUGAUGUACAAAUUACGAUAUUACCGGAAAAUACAAAUGCACCGUAUUUCAAACUAAUGCCUGGCUUCGAUAGUUACGAAUACAAUGUAACAGAACUCAAGCCAUAUUCCCUACUUUCUGGAGCUCCGAUCAUCGCUAUUGAUCCAGACACACCAUCAACUCAGCUUCGUUAUGAAAUCUAUGAUCAAAAUCAUCAAUUGAAUCUUCGAAAUAUUUUUGUCGGUACAUUUGGCAACGAAGCUAUUAUUAGUAUAAACUCAAGUGGACUCUCACGUGAUUUGCCUUUUGGUAACUCUGUUUAUAAAUUUGCUAUUCGUGCAACGGACGAAAAUGGAACAGGUGUAUCCAGUUUUAUUCCAGUAACUCUCAGAGUGCAUGAUAUCAAUAACAAUGGUCCUGUACCAAUAGGUGGCCCAUGGUACAUCGAGGAAGGCACUAAUCCUUCAAUCUCUAUCGGAUUCAAAGAUUACGAUGAUGAAAAUCUGAAUCACACAGUUCCUUUUAAUGUAGCAAUUGUUGAAUCAACUGAUGCUAAUGUAAAAUUGGUUCCAUAUAACAUGUCUUUUUUCAUUCUAACAUACAAUGGCCUUUUGAGUUGUGCGACGACAAAAAGAUUUAAUGUCACUUUCAACGCCAGCGAUGCUCAAAAUCAUUUUGAGAGAACAACAAUAACAAUCAACGUUCGAGGCUGUCAGACGAUGGGUUCUACUCUGAAUAGUAAAACAAUUGAGAUUAUCUAUGUUGAAGGAUAUCAAAAUUCUAUCCUUGACACUGACCUCGGCUCGAUUCAUUUCGAUAAUUCGAAUAAACCCAAUCCGAGCUGCUCACUCAAGGACAGAAACGAUCAACAGAAGUUCAUGUUUCUCAACUGCUCUUUGCGAACUUCGUCGAAAUCUUUGGAACCAGGCAUUUCAACAGUCGAAGCUAUCGUAGAUCAAUCAAUUCCGGUCACUCUAACAAUUAAUGUUGCAAGUGUGAAAAGCGAAAAGGUUCGCGAAGCAUCAACGAUUCGUAUUCAAGGUAAAUAUCCCCAUGACUUAAUUAUUCCAUCUGUCAAAGAUCAACUUAUCACUGCACUCGCUCAAAUACUAAAUGUUAAUCGAUAUUUUAUACAAAUUUUUGCUAUUCGUUCGGCUUUUCAAUAUCGAAAUCAAUACGAUAAACCCCAAACCGUCGAAGAACAGCAAGCUAAAACAUUAACCGAUGUAGUAUUUUACGUACGCGGACGAGAUCGAGUUAAUGUUGAACAAACACUUAGUGGAGAUCUGUCAAGAUUUCAAUCUUACGGUUUUACAGCGAGUGCAAGUGGUCCUAAUCCGUGUCAUAAUUACAAUUGCCUUUCCGAUACAAUCUGUCGGCCAGCACGAACUAUUGCAGUGAAACCCGAAGUUAUCGAUUCGAAUCAAACAUCGUUCUUAGGUGUCAACAUUCUUGAUUCAGCGGACUGCGUGAAUAAAUUUUACGAUCCAACGGGACCGAUGAUGGCAGAUCGUUGUAAAAUAACCACAUUUGACAGUUUGAGCGGCUCACUAUUAUCGCAGUCUUCAUCGAAUGGUCCAGUGGGACCUUGUGGAGAAGUACUUGGACGAACUUUUGAUCGAAAUGGACAAGGAUACGCAAUCUAUGACAAAUGGAUAUUUUCUAAUUUCCGUUCUGCACGACUUUCAUUCGAUUUCCUUUUGCAAACUCCCUUGGAAAACUGUUUGAUUUUCUUGUAUGCACCAAACACUACUAAAACAAAUGGGCCAUUUUGGAUGGCAAUUGAUGUAUCUAAUGCAAUACUCAGGUUCCAUUUUCCAAAUGUUGUACGUAAUAUUAACGAUAUUACUUUGAAUGCAUCGGUAUGGUAUCAUGUGGAAUGUCAAAUUCUCCGGGAAAACAUUCUCUUUUCGAUAAAUGAUUGCCAACAUACCUAUUCAUUGUCUGAAAACUUCAAUUGGUUCGAUCCAUCUACGAUCCAGUAUCUACAUCUUGGAAGUUUACCAGAUCAUCUGCCAGUAUCUUCUUUCAAUCAAUCCUCAAUUGUAACCAGUGGUUUUCGUGGUUGCAUACGUAAUGUUUUAUCCAACGGAUAUUAUCUAAAUAUGUCAAAUUAUCUUCACUCAAAUUAUUCAUAUGCCGGCGAAUGUCAAGAACCGAGAAUUGCUGACCAACGUAGUCUCGUCAUUCCUUGGUAUACCUGGUUAAUAAUAGCACUUGUUCUAUUAUUAUUAGCGAUAGUGAUCAUCUUAGUUUUGUUAUCAUUCAUAAGAGCAAAAGAAAUUUUCAGAACAGUCAAUGGAAUUUACGUUGACGAUACACGAGAAAACAUUAUCGAUUAUAAAGAAACGGCUGGUGAGGAGGAUCACUCAACAUAUAAUCUUCAUGUCUUAAAAAAACCGAUGUAUGCUUUGACAGAUGGUAAUAUUAUGGUAAAUCGCGAUCGGCUAAAUAAUAAUGAUCGAAUAUUUACUGCUCGACCUUCGCUCGGCACUUAUAUUGAAGAGAAAUUAGAUGAACGAACGGUUGGCUAUGUCUACGAUACUCAAUUACGUUUUCAUGAUGAAGGCGUCGGAUCAAUAGCGGGAGAUUUGAGUUCAAUCGCAUCUUCGUCAGUCCCGGAUGAAAUUGACUAUCGAUAUUUAUCUUCGUUAGGACCGAAAUUUUCAAGAUUAGCACAGAUUUACAGUGGUCAAAGCGAUAACAGUGCUGAGCUUUGA